AUGGCGUGUACGAUGUCUUCGUCGUUUGCUGCUGGAUACCUCUGCACAAUCAUGAAGAACAUCAAUCUUAUCAUGAGGCGGUCGGAUAUUGUCUACAUUUUAGAGACAUUCAAUUGGGAGAGGAAUAUUUCAUGUCCACCCGAAAUCGUUGAGAACGGUUGGUCAAUUGAUUCUCUACCGAUAAGUGACACACCUUUGAGGAAAAUAACGAGAGGUCAUAAUUUCUGGAUCGUUCUCACACUUGACUUCAUCACGUGGUCCGCAUUCACUUACACCAUUCUAGCACAUGACAGUCUCUUCUUGAGCCUGAUGAUCCAGACUUCGGCACAAUUGAAUAUUCUCAACUAUCGGCUGAAAAAUUGCGCCAAUGAUUAUGCGGUGAGUAAUGGAGAGGAUAGACCAGAGGCAGCUGAUGUAAUCCAGUUCGACUGUCUCGAAAUGAAUAUCAAGACUGAGAGUCUUGAUCCUAAUGAAGAACUGAUCAAGUGCAUCCGACAUUAUCAACAAAUAUUUCAAAUUGUCAAAACAUUGCAAAGUGUUUUUGGUAGCAUUCUCCUACCCCAAUUGAUUUCCAGCCUGACAAUGAUGUCUUUGAUCGGAUUCCACGUAUUCGUGGCAAAAACAAUAGAUUUGAGUAAGCCACCGAAAGCAAUUUUUAUCACCGUUUUCUUCGAGAGCCUCCUGUGCCAAUUAUUCGCCUUCUGUUGGAGUGGAGAUUGCAUUAUCGAGGAGAGUGAUAAAACCAGCAUAGCACUGUAUGAGUCAUGUUGGUAUCGAGGGAAUCGUUCCUUUCGAACGAAUGUCAAAGUGUUCUCUUCACUCGUGGAAAAUCCCAUGGUGGUCAGCGCUGUUGGUCUUUUUGAUCUUUCUGUUAUCACGUACAAGAACAUAAUAAUCAAGUCAUACUCCGCAAUGACCGUCUUGAAGAAAGCUUACAAGUAAAAGGAAAUUUUAUGUACUGAAUAUAUCGUGUGCAAUCAAUGUUGGAUGGUGGUGUAAUGCGCAAAGUUUAUGUUGCCACGUUGAAAAUGACUCACAUAGCGCAAUCGUGGUAGGAAGAUAUCAGCACAGAUGCAUCCACGACCGCGUGAUGAAUCGCAUAAUGACAUACACCGUGAACGCAUGGAUGCAUAAUUUUUUUACUAUAACUACAGAGAUUUGCAGAGGAAAAAUGAAUAUAUAUAUACAUGAAUAAUGAAUAUAUGCCCGUGGAGCA